GCCGGCGAGCGAGCUUGAGCUAGCCCGUCACCACCAUCAGCCAUGGCCGGGGCGCUCGCUACCGUCGUCGCCUUCCUGCUUCUCGUCCUCGUCUCCGUCGCGCACGGCUGGAACCAAGACUGCCCGCCGCCCAGUAGCGGCAGUGGCGGCGGCCACCACGGGAAGCCGCCGGGGCAUCAUGAUGAUCACCACCACCACCACCACAAUCCCCCGUCUCCCAGGUGCCCGUCGUGCCACCCGCCAUACACGCCGCCCACGCCACGGCCGCCGCCCUACUUCCCGCCGCCAACCCCGCCGUUCGUGCCACCCUACAUCCCACCACCGACGCCACCCUACAUCCCUCCGCCGUACGUGCCGCCCUACAUCCCUCCGCCGUCACCGCCACCGUACGUGCCGCCCUACAUCCCGCCGCCGUCGCCGGCGCCGGCGAGGACGUGCCCGAUCGACGCGCUGAAGCUGAACGCGUGCGUGGACGUGCUGGGGGGCCUGAUCCACCUGGUGAUCGGGCAGAAGGCGAAGGCCAAGUGCUGCCCGCUGGUGCAGGGGGUGGCGGACCUCGACGCCGCGCUCUGCCUCUGCACCACCAUCCGCGCCCGCCUCCUCAACAUCAACAUCUACCUCCCCGUCGCCCUCGAGCUCCUCAUCACCUGCGGCAAGCACCCGCCCGAGGGCUUCAAGUGCCCACCUCUCUACGCCUGAACACGAAGAAGAAGAAGCUGCAGCAUCGUCAAUGGAGGAGGCUAUGUCGCUAGCUAUCUCCUAUCUUAAUUAGUUUGUCUUUAAUUUGUGUUUGUCUUAAUUAGUUUCGUGAUAAAUAUUGUACUCUCUUGGAUCUUAAUAAUGACUUAAUCCCAAAGUUAAGUUCAGU